CAGAGGGCUACAGCCUCUUUCUCAAUCGGCGACAGCAGGCGGCGGAGGGGGCGGGGCCUGUUGCGCUGAGCUCCUGUGCCCAGCCUCCUCUCCGCGGUAGUAAGGCGGCUUCGCGGGCUGGCCGUGGCCGGAGCAGCAUCGCCGAGAGCAGGCAGAGCAGCAGGGGAGCGCCGGCAUGUCGGAGAGCAGGAAGGCGGACGUCGGUAACAAAGUGACGGUGGUGCUGGGAGCGCAGUGGGGCGAUGAGGGCAAAGGGAAGGUGGUGGACCUGCUCGCCCAGGACGCCGACAUGGUCUGCAGAUGUCAGGGAGGCAACAACGCAGGACACACUGUCGUGGUCGACUCUGUAGAGUAUGACUUUCACCUUUUACCGAGUGGCAUUAUCAACUCUAGUGUCACCGCCUUUAUUGGUAACGGCGUGGUCAUUCACCUCCCUGGCCUCUUUGAGGAGGCCGAGAAGAAUUUGCGGAAGGGAAAGGGAUUGGAGGGCUGGGAGAACAGGCUUGUCAUCUCUGACCGUGCCCACAUUGUGUUUGAUUUCCAUCAAGCCGUGGACCGAGUUCAAGAGCAGGAGAGACAGCAGCAAGCUGGCAAAAAUUUAGGAACAACCAAAAAGGGCAUUGGCCCAGUAUACUCAGCUAAGGCUGCCAGGAGCGGCCUCAGAAUAUGUGACCUUCUGUCUGACUUUCAGGAGUUCUCAGAAAGAUAUAAAAACCUCGCCCUGCAGUACAAGUCUAUGUACCCAUCUUUGGAGAUAGAUAUUGAUGGGGAGCUGAUGAAGCUCGAGGCAUACGUGGACAGAAUAAAGCCUAUGGUGAGAGAUGGGGUGUUCUUCAUGUAUGAGGCUCUGCAUGGGCCUCCUAAAAAGAUUCUGGUGGAAGGUGCCAAUGCUGCCCUGCUGGACAUUGACUUUGGAACCUACCCUUUCGUAACCUCAUCCAACUGCACCGUGGGUGGAGUGUGCACGGGUCUGGGCAUGCCACCUCAGAAUGUGGGAGAGGUUUAUGGGGUUGUCAAGGCCUAUACCACCCGAGUGGGCAUCGGUGCCUUCCCCUCUGAACAGAGCAAUGAAAUUGGAGAGCUGCUUCAGACGAGAGGGAAGGAGGUGGGUGUGACCACCGGCCGCAAGAGGAGAUGCGGUUGGCUGGAUCUGGUGCUUGUCAAGUAUGCCCACAUGAUUAAUGGCUUUACAGCCCUAGCUUUAACCAAAUUAGACAUCUUGGACAUCCUCCAAGAGAUCAAAGUUGGUGUGGCGUACAAGGUGGACAAUGAAUGCAUACCACAUUUCCCAGCGAAUCAGGAGGUGUUACAGAGGGUUGAGGUCCAGUAUGAGACUUUGCCUGGCUGGAACAGCGACACCUCAGCUGCUAGGACCUUUGAGGAUCUUCCAGAAAAUGCACAGAAAUACGUUCACUUCAUUGAGGAGCAUUUAGGGGUGCCUGUGAAGUGGAUUGGCGUCGGCAAGUCGCGAGAGUCUAUGAUCCAGCUGUUUUAAAGAAAACAGCCAGGCUGUGUAUGGCCCGUACUGGGUGAGCCCUCUUUUUCUGCACAGUGCACGAGGCUUAUCGAGGGGCCUGCUGAUUCAUGGCCAGAAAAUGGGCCUUGUUUCUCAGCUCUCCACUCUCUGCAGAUUCCUGCUGGCAGAAAAAAACAGGUUCUUUCUCUUUCAUGAUAUGAUCCUCUAGUCAAGAACUGUUUCUAACCCUUUUCUUUGGAGGUCUGCAUAGGGCACCAUAGUGGAAGGUCCUUUGGUCAUUAGGAAAGAGGCUCUUCAGUCUCUCACUAGCACCCAGGGGUCAUUUCCAUUCGUCUUUGUGGAUGUACUUUGCAUUUUGUCUUUGAUGCACCAAUUACAGUCUGCUUUUAAUGAGCUUUUAAGCAUUUUCAAGCUCAAAACGUCUUUCUUUAUGUGACAUGACCUUUAACCUGGUUAAGCUUCAUUAAUUGAAGCUUUUCGAAUUUCUUGCCAUUGUGCAGUAUGCACACAGAGAGAUUGACGGCAAAAUUAUAUUUAUGCCAUUUUCCUUCACCUCAAAUAUACUUAAUCAGCCAAGACAUGCUUGAUGCCUUAAGUUUGUUUCUUUUUGAUCUGGAGUUAAAGUAAUGAAUGUCUGUGUCACUCAGUUUUUUUUAUAGGUAUAUAAAAAUAUCUCAGCAAGCAAACUCCAGACCCCAAACAUGUCUUGGCUGAUUGACUACAUUUGGGGUAAAGGGAGGAUUAUGUAAAUUAGCGUUUUCAGUAAAUGAGCCCUCUAAUAUAAACCCUCACCCUGAAUGUAGAUUUUAACUUUAUUUCCCUAUUUCCAUCUGAGUUAUGUUCAAUGUUAGAAUGUUCUCAUGCAGAACUAAACUACUGUCUUUAUCCAGGCCAGUGCAAUUGCCUAUUUCUAGAUGAAACAUCUCAAGAACAUUUAUGUCUAGAUUAAAUUUCUCAAGGAAAGAACAGCUACUUUUUUUAGUUUUAACAGGGGAUGAAAACUGUCUGGUUUAAAUGUCUGGUUAAAACAAACCAGAGAUUAGUAUUUCUGUUCCACAUUAGCCAACCUUGUUUAAAGUUUACAGUUAUAGUUAAUGUUAAACUGUUGGAACGUAAUUCAUAUGUGUUUAAUAUUAACUUUUUCAUGAUGCCUAAUUCGUUUCCAAUGUAAGUUAUACAUUGUAUUGUUGAUACGGUUGUCCUCCUUCACUUAAUUUUGAAUGACCAUAGAUCUAAUUUGUUCUCACUGAAAAUUUUUCACAAAUUUCUAUAUAUGAAUGUCCAUUUGGUCAGCCUGGUCAGUGUGGGUGUGCAGUUAGUUUAGUUUUUGUUCAUACAUGUAACCUGAGAAUUGAAUUAUUUAUUUUCCAAUUUAUCAGAUAUACAUUUACUAUAAAAUGGCUAAUAUUGAUGAGCCCUGUCUACUGACAAUGAAAGACAAUUUCCUGUGUUCUACAUAUGCCUAGAUAUGUAGUGUUGCACAUCUACAAAGACAGGUUAUGGCUGUUAGUUAUCUGUUGCCCGGCUAGUUACAAGAUCUCGUCUGGCUCAGUGAGACUACUGUCAGGCCAACUUGAAUGUAUAUUCAACAUUGAGAUCAAUUACAGAUGACUCAGUUUAGUUGCUUUAGUUUUAGUCUCAGGAUUCUCUGGUGAUCAUAACGGUGUGUAUGUUUUAUUUCUGAUUAUUGGAUGGUUUGACUUCUCUGCUCUUUCUCUUUCUGAAUAUUAUGGGGAUUUUAGAGAAUAUUUAACUAAUGUCAUUGUUCUCCACACUGCAAACUGUACACUGUAAACUGUAUAACUUUUGCCACAAUGUAGCUUGACUGUGAUUUAGAGUGCUACUCAGUCAGCAUAUUGAGAAUUAAGUUUUGCAUUUUAUAUUUAAUUUAACCACUCUGCUGUUUGUUAAACAAGGUCAGUACAUUGUAUAUUUGUAUUCUUCAAAAACAAUAUAUUGAUUAUUGAAAGUUUUGAGCAUCGCCAGUUGGAAAUGUUUCUGAAUAAAGCCUGUUUGGUUAAUACUG